GAGGAGGCGGAUGCGAUUCCCCGGCUGCCCGUGGCUGCUCGGCGGGGCGGCGGGGCCCGGCCCGUGCGCAGGCACCGACAGCGGCCCCGCUCCCGGCCCCGCGCCCGCCCCGGCCCCGCUCCGCGCUCGCCGCCGCCGCCGCCCGGCCCCAGCCCCAGCCCCAGCCCCGGCCGCGGCCGCCGGGGCCCGGCCCAGCUCCGCGGGGCCAUGGCCGAGUGGGCGCCCGCCCAGGUGCAGGAGUGGAACAUGGAGGCCCCUCACCUGAUGCCGCUGCAGCCGCCGCUGCUGCCGGAGCGGGCGCACGUGCGGGAGGCGCAGCUCCACUCCGCGGAGGCCUCGCUCUGGACCGUGGUGGCCACGGUGCAGGCCAUGGAGAGGAAGAUCGACCUGCUGGCCACCCGCCUGCUCAGCCUGGAGGGCCGCUCUGGCACGGCCGAGAAGAAGCUGCUGGACUGCGAGAAGACGGCCAUGGAAUUUGGGAACCAGCUGGAGAGCAAGUGGGCCGUGCUGGGCACCCUCAUCCAGGAGUACGGGCUGCUCCAGCGGCGCCUGGAGAACGUGGAGAACCUGCUGAAGAACAGGAACUUCUGGGUGCUGCGGCUGCCCCCCGGCCCCCGGGGCGAGGUCCCCAAGGUGCCAGUGACAUUUGUUGACAUCGCCGUCUACUUCUCAGCGGAGGAGUGGAAGAACCUGGAGGAGUGGCAGAAAGAGCUGUACAACAACCUGGUGAAGGAGAACUACGAGGCUUUGCUGUCCCUGGAUGGGGCCCUCUCCAGAAGCGAGGCCCAGCCGCGCAGCGAGCGCGGGGACGGGCCCUGUGUCCCUGAGCCACGCGAGCUAGAGCAGAGGGAGCUGCCACCGGACACCUGCGCGGAGUCGCUGAUCUCCACCUCCGACAUCCUGUCCCGGAUCAAGCAGGAGGUGGCGUUCGUGGGGGAGCAGCAGCAGUUCCCGGAGGAGCGGGGCAUGCCGCCGGACCCCUGUGCAGGCGCGGACGCCCUGAUCACCGCGCACGACUUCUUGUCGUGGAUCAAGCAGGAGGAAGAGCCCUGUGUCCGGGAGCCCUGGGAGCUGCCCGAGAGGGAGAUGCUGCCCCCGGGCCCUGGUCCUGCCAGCGAGGGGCUGCUGGUGAAGACGGAGGAGCGGUGCCCCCACGCCGAGCCCCCGGAGGAGGUGGGUUUGCCGGGCAGCUCCGGGGAGCUGCUCUUCCCCGGCACGGGCUUCGGGACCGCCGAGGGACAGGCGGCGGUGCCGGCGGCGGUGGCCCUGCCGGCGCAGCACAGACUGGCCAAAGCUGCGGGCCCCGAGCCGGGCCCGGGCGCCGAUUCCGGGGCCGUCCCCGCGGCGCCGCCGGGCCCCGCCGAGGAGCGGCCGCACGGCUGCGCCGAGUGCGGGAAGAGCUUCAGCGGCAAGAAGAGCCUGCGGAUCCACCAGCGCAGCCACGCGGCCGAGCGGCCCUACCCGUGCGCCGAGUGCGGCAAGAGCUUCAAUUGCCACUCGGGGCUGGUGCGGCACCAGAUGAUCCACCGCGGCGAGCGGCCCUACAAGUGCUCCGAGUGCGGCAAGUGCUACAGCCGCAAGGAGCACCUGCAGAACCACCAGCGGCUGCACACCGGGGAGCGCCCCUUCGCCUGCGCCCAGUGCGGCAAGAGCUUCAUCCGCAAGCAGAACCUGCUCAAGCACCAGCGCAUCCACACCGGGGAGCGCCCGUACCAGUGCCCCGCCUGCGGCCGCAGCUUCCGCUACAAGGAGUCGCUCAAGGAUCACCAGCGGGUGCACGGAGCCGAGCCGGGGCCGCCGCCGCUGCCGCCGCCCGGGAUCCUGCCCCCCGGGGACCUGUUGGUGAGGAAGAGGCGUCUGUGUCGGGAAGCGGAGCCGCGCGGCCGCCCGCGGCGCCGGCCCCGGCCGCGGUUGCCGAAGGGGCUCCGGCUGGGCACGGCGGUGUCUGCCCAGCCGGCGCUCCCGGCCGGCGGCUCGGGGAAGCUGGGCUCGGCUUUGGGCUGCUCGAGGAGCGGGCUGGGGUCGCGGCGGGGCUCGGGGGGCGGCGGGGCCGGGCUCUGGCGGGCGCCGGCGCGCUCCUGGCGCAGGCGGGAGCAGCCCAGCCCGCGGCCGGGGCCGGCGGCGGCCGGGGCGUCUCCGGGCGGGGAGGCGGAGGAGGGCAGCGACUCUUCGGUCAGGGCGCCGUGCAGCGGGGAGCGCGCCGGGGGCUCCUCCUCCGCCGGAGCCUUCUCCCAGGUGGGCCCCAUCAGUACCCUGGGCAAGGCGCCCAUCUCCGGGCCCGGGCCGCCCGCCUGCUCCUCGGGAUGCGCCGAGUCGAGCCCGCGGCCCAGGGCGGGCAGGUCGGACACGCCCUCGUGCCCCCAGUCCGACACCCCCAGCCCGCGCUGGCUCCCGCGUACCGGCGCCGCCCUGCCCCUCUCCUCGGUACUCGCAGCCGCCGGCGGGGUCGGGGCUCUGUCCCGGCAGGCGCGGCGCGGCCGAGCCCUCCACGUCGGGCAGGGCCGAGGGCUGCCCGUUGGUGUCGAUGUAGAUGCUGGGGUGGCUCACGCCGGGCUGCAGGUGCAUGAAGGGCUGCUUGGACGCGCCGGGGAAGAACAGAUCUGCGGGACACAGAGGACGUGGCCUCAGCUGGUGGGGACACGGUGGCCCCAGAACCGCCACCACUCACCCGGGUCCAGGAUGAUCUCUGGCUCGGAGUCGUGGCUGGCCUGCAGGAAGGUGGAAGCCACCAUCUUCUCCAGGGGCGUGAGGCGCGGCUUGUGGAGCGGCCCGCCGGUGCGGUUCAUGGGCAGGUGCUUCUUGGAGGUGAUUUUCUUCUUGACGUCCAGCCGCAGGUCGCGCCACUUGUGCUUGAGGUCGUCGAUGGAGCGCUCGACCAGCGUCUCGGUCUCGUCAUUGGAGAAGUUGGCCUUCCUCUUCCGGCCAGACGCUGGCAUCGCCUGCGAGGCUGCGGCAGAGGUGGAAGGGGCACAAUUGAACCUCGGUCCCCACUCCUCUCUGUCAGCUCCUGGGGGGAACAUGGGGCUGCGGGAGCCCGAGGGAGCCGCGGAGGAGGGAGCCGAAGCAAGAGCCCCGGAGGCAUCCAUGGCAGGGGAGGCUUGGGCCGGGGAGGAUCUAAAGAGCCGCUUCGGCACAGCACGCGCCGAGACCAGCGUGCCCACCCCAGCCUCCCACCGCAACCUCGACCCCCGGCACACCCCGGGAGCGGCGCAGCGGCCUCGAGCGGAGCCCGCAGCCCCGCGGUGCCGCCGGCGGCCCUGCCGUGCCCCGAGCCCCCUCCCCAUCCCCGGGGCCCCCGCACCCGCGGCCUCGGGGCGCCCGCCGCGGGGCCCGGGGGGGCUGCGCGCUGCCCUGCCCGGCUUUGUCCGCGCUGCUCUCACCGGGGACAAAGCGGCCGGGCCGGGGCCUGCCCCGCGGACCCCCCCCCAUUCGGGAUCCCACCGCGGGCGGCUGCGCGGGGCAGGCGGCGGCCGCGGCCCCACCGCUGCCCCCGGCCCGCCGGCCCCCCCGGGCCCGGGGCAGCGCUUACCUGCGCCGGGACGGGCGUGCGGGGCGCGGGGGGCGCGGAGCGGGGCCCCGGCGGCGGCGGGAGGGGGGGCUCAGCUCCGGCGGCGGCUCGUAGAAGGCCUGGAAGAGAUCCGGCGAGGUGGCCUGGCACUCCAGGUACCGCCGCAGCGUGGCCAGGCUCUUCCAGACCUCCCGUUCCGAGGGGCAGGGCGGCACGGCCGCCAGCUCGCCCGCGUCCUCCCCCUCCGUCACGGCCUCGUCCCCGUCCGCCUCCGCCGGCUCCGGCUGCUCCUGGCCGAGCAGGCCGGGGGCCGGGGCGAGGGACACGGCCUCGGCGCCGCUGGUGAAGCCGGCGGCGCGGAAGCAGCCGGCGAUGAGCCCCGGGGGAACGUCGCCCCAGGCUUGCGCCAGCAUGUGCAGCACAUCCAGCAGGCUGGGCUGCCCCGCGCCGCGCUCCGCCGGCAGCCACCGCAGCAGCCGGCGCCCGUAGUGACCUCUGAGGUCGCCGGCGACGCCGCGCUCCAGGGGCUGGGCCAGGGCGGCGGCCGGCGGGACGAAGACCAUCCUGACGUUGGACAGCUGGAGGUAGGGGUGCGCCUCGUGCUUGGCCAGCAGGAGCAGGACGCUCUUGCCCCUCCGCCGCAUGGCCUCGUUGAAGUCCCGCAGCCACUCGGCGAAGAGCGGGGCGGUCAGGCCGGCCGGGCUGCCGGCGCGGUAGCUCCACGGCAUCUGCUCCAGGUUGACGCCCCGCAGGCAGCGCGGCCGGGGGCUGUCCCCCACGGCCCGCAGCGGCACCUUCUCCGAGCCGCUGGCGUUGGCGCAGAGCAGCAGCGUCAGCCGCUCGCCGGGGCUCUCGCCCUGGCCGAGGGCGCCGGCCGGGAGCGGCACCGCCGUCUCCCCGCAGGCGAAGAUCUCGGCGGGCGCGUAGCUGCGGAGGAGCCCGGGCAGCACCGUGCCGGCCCAGUGCUCCGCCGUGGGCUGCUCCGCGUCCCCUUUCUCCGCCGGCGGCUUCUUGCCGGCGAGGCCGUGGCGAGCGCCCAGCGCAGCAGCGCGGCCUCCAGCGCCGCGUCCUUCCCCUCCCGCUUGCGCUUGCGCUCGGGGUCGCCGUUGCGGUGCCACUCGCUCAGGAUGCGCUCCUUGUUCUUGAUGAUGCGGCAGAUCUGGGGCUGCGACACGCCGAAGCGCUUGGCCAGCUCGCUCUGCGACACCUUGGGGCCCUCCAGCAUCUCCAGCACGCGCACCUUCUCGGUCAGCGACAGCUCCUUCCGCUCCUUCCGCGGCGCCGCCGCCGCUCCCUCCGCCGUGCCCGGGGAGCGCCCGGUGCAGGGCCGCGGGCGGUGGGGGCUGCCGGUGACCCCCAGCCCCCCGGGCUCGGCGAGGCCUCUCCCGCAGCGGCCGCAGCCGAGCUCCGUGCCGCGCCCCAGCCGGUGCCGCACCAGGUCCGGCUUCUGCCCGACGCCUCGGCCGCACUCGGCGCAAUCCAGCGGCGGCUCCCCGGGCCGGCAGCGGCGGCUCUCGAAGGCGGGGGUCCCCUGCGGAGACAGGAGCGCGUUGGGCAGCGGCCGCCUCACCGGGGAUGCCGCGGGACCAAGCUCCCGGCUGGGCGGGAUGCGGGCCGGCGCCCGACUCCUGCUCCCGGUGCCACCGGGGCGCCAUCCCGCCCGUCCCCGCGUCGCGCUCACCCCGGGCGGGGCCGGCGGGGGCCGGGGGGCUCUGGUGCUCCCCAGACAAGAGGAGGGACAGCCGGUGAUGCCGCUGGCCAUGCCGGCCACACCAGGCCAGGGCUGGCUGCCCGUGGUGAUGGGGACAGCAGCCGGUGUGGUCCCGUGGGGGCGCUGCGCGGCGCGCGCCCGCCCCGCUCCGCCCCGCUCGGCGCGCGGUCCGGCGGCGGCAGCGCCCCCUGGCGGCGCGGCGGGGCAGCGGCGCGGCCGGAGCGCCGGACCCGGACCCGGACCCGGAGCCGCGCUCGGUGUCGGAGCCGCCGCCGCCCCCGCCCCGCCGCCUCCGCCCGCUAGGCCCGCGCCGCCUCCGCCCCGCCCCCGCCGCGCCGCGCCCCCGCCCCGCCGCGCCGCCCCGCGCCCAGCCCGAUGCCCGGCGGCGGGCGGAGGUGAAGCAGCGAGCGGGCGCUGGAUCCUCCCGGCCGCGGCCCCCGGGGCCCCGGGCACGGAACAAAGGGCCAUGGCCGAGGGGGCCCCCGCUCAGGCGCCGGAGCCGGUGCGGCCGCCGCGCUGCCCCUCGCCCCUGCGGCCGGCGGCCGGCGCCGAGCGCACCUCGGAGCGGGAGACGCAGACGGCUGAGCUGUCCCUGACCGUGGUGGCGGCCGUGCAGGCGGUGGAGCGCAAGGUGGAUUCCCACUCCACCCGCCUGCUGGACCUGGAGGGUCGGACGGGGAUGGCGGAGAAGAAGCUGAUCGACUGCGAGAAGACGGCGGCGGAGCUGGGGAACCAGCUGGAGAGCAAGUGCGCGGCGCUGGGCACCCUCAUCCAGGAGUACGGGCUGCUCCAGCGGCGCCUGGAGAACAUGGAGAACCUGCUGAAGAACAGGAACUUCUGGAUCCUGCGGCUGCCCCCGGGCAGGAAGGGGGAAGUCCCCAAGGUGCCGGUGACCUUUGAUGACGUGUCCGUCUAUUUCAAUGACAAGGAAUGGGAGAAGCUGGAGGAGUGGCAGAAGGAGCUCUACAAGAAUGUGAUGAAGGGGAACUACGAGUCUCUGAUCUCCCUGGACUAUGCAAUUUCCAAACCUGGUGUUUUGUCUCAGAUCGAGCAAGGGGAGGAAUCGCGGGGCAGGAAUGAGCAGGACCUGGAGGAGAGUGAGAUCAUUACUGAUGCCACGGCAGCUGGAAUAAGAGUGGUGAUCAAAACAGAGGAGCUCCUUCCUGAAGACAGCCCUGAGAACCCCGAGCUGCACGGGAUGUCGGGGCAGUCCGAGGGCAGCUUCCAGAGCCCGGACGAGGAGGCGGCCUGCGAGAGCCCCUACGGCUCCGUGUCCCCCCCGAGGGACCUCCCGGGGACCAGCCUGGGCGACUCCUCCGAGUACGGAGCCGACUUCAGCGAGAUCCAGAGGGUCAUCGUUCACCACGGGGGCUGCACAGAGGACGGGAUCGUGAUCAAGACGGAGGAGGAGGAGGAGGAGGAGGAGGACGACCCCGACACGCUGGAGCCGUGCGCCAUGUUCUCGGGCCGGAGCGAGGCGCCGGCGUUCCCCAGCCACGAGGCCGGGCUGGGCUGCGAGGCGCAGUGCAGCUCCAAGGCGCAGCCCCGCAGCCUGGCCCGCGUCAGGAAGCCGUCGGCCUGCGAGAGGGACUCCGGGGACAUGAAACCGGCCAGCGGCCAGCAGCGGAACCGGACGCGGGAGAGACCCUACAUCUGCCCCGAGUGCGGCAAGAGCUUCAUGCUCAAGAUCAACUUCAUGAUCCACCAGCGCAACCACCUCAAGGAAGGGCCCUACGAGUGCCACGAGUGCGACCUCAGCUUCCGCAACAAGCAGCAGUUCCUGCUGCACCAGCGCAGCCACACGCGCCGCGGCGUGGGGGUCCCGCGGCGCCCCGAGCACGGCCUCAAGCCCCCGGCGCGGCCCCCGCCCCCGGGGAAGCCCUACAAGUGCUCCGAGUGCGAGAGCAGCUUCAGCCACAAGUCGAGCCUCAGCAAACACCAGAUCACCCACGUCGGGGAGCGGCCCUUCACCUGCGGCGAGUGCCGGAGGAGCUUCCGCCUGCAGAUCAGCCUGCUCAUGCACCAGAGGAUCCACGCCGGCAAGAACGAGAUGGCCUUCCUGUGCCCCCAGUGCGGCAAGAACUUCACCCGGCCCUCCCACCUGCUGCGGCACCAGCGGACUCACACCGGCGAGCGGCCCUACCAGUGCAGCCAGUGCGAGAAGACCUUCAGCGAGAAGUCCAAGCUCACCAACCAUUACCGCAUCCACACGCGGGAGCGCCCGCACGCCUGCGCCGUCUGCGGGAAGGGCUUCAUCCGCAAGCACCACCUCCUGGAGCACCAGCGCAUCCACACGGGCGAGCGGCCCUACCACUGCACCGAGUGCGGCAAGAACUUCACGCAGAAGCAUCACCUCCUGGAGCACCAGCGGGCGCACACCGGCGAGCGGCCCUACCCCUGCACCGAGUGCACCAAGUGCUUCCGCUACAAGCAGUCGCUCAAGUACCACCUGAGGACGCACAUGGGAGAGUGAGGGGCUGCCGAGGCUUCCUCUCCCUCCUUCCCUCCAUCCCUCCCUUCCUCCUCCUCGUCCUUCUCCUCCACUGAUCUCUCCCUCCCUCCCUCCAUCCAUCUCCCCCCACCCCGGCUCAGGGCAUGGACAUCAAGGAAGCUUUGUGUGGUAGCGCCGCUGGUCUGGUGGAGACUCGGCUGAUUGGAAAUAAAUUAAUGAAUUAAAGCAAGCAACGCGCGGCAAAAUUAAAAGAUUAUAUGUAUAAAAAAAUUAACAGAAGCAGCUGAUUUAGGGGGAAUCAUCACCAACGAGCAAACAAACCACCAACAAAAGAAACCUGUACACAGGGUGUUUUGCCGGAGUAGAACUCGUAACUGCUUUUUAAAUCUACUGUUUGGUUUUUUUAAUAAAUGUGGAGGAACUUUUUAUUUGAUAAGCAACCUUAGGAUGGGCAAGAUUUUAUUUUCAGUUUUGAUUUUUGUUUGUUUUGUUGGGUUUUUUGUUUUGUUGGUUUUUUUUGUUAACUGCUCUGUAGGCUGAUUCUGGCACAGUCACUUUUUGUCCAGGAGCUCUGUGGAGGUGCUGCCUCGUCCGGGCUGGAUGUGACAGGAGGAGCUCCAGCGGGGGGAGGUGAGUAAUUAACAGAUGCAGCUGAUGAGGAAGUUCUGCGUGUGUCUAGACUGGAAGCGCUGAUAGGUGCCUGCCCGGCUCGCGGGGCUGUGAUGCACUCCUGAAUUAUACAAUAGAAUAAAAUUCUAGUUGCAGUAAAAGACC